UCGCCCCGUCUUCACAGGCCCGCCUCGCCAUGUUGUCGGCCCUUCUCCUCUGGAUCGGCGUCGCCGCCGUCGUCGCGGUCCCUGUGCCCACCGGGAACAGUGGUCCGCUUGGAUCGCUGCUGGGCCCGACGCCGAACUGCAAUAUCUCGAGCGAAUCGAGCCUGGGGCAGAGCGGCCGCACCGCCGGUAACGCCGCCGUGUCAGGCACCACCUCGACCAGCGGCUCGGCCAGCGGCCUCUGCGGCUUCCAGAGCCCCAUCGCCAAACUGAAGGACAACGGCGCCGUCAACUCGGGCGUCACCGGCACUGUUGUCUCUGCCGGCUUCGGCAGUGCCGGCCAGCAGGCCAACUCCAAAGGAGCCGUGGGCACCACCCCGGGCGGCACCACCGUGACCACAACGAGCGGAGGCAGCGGCGGGUCGAAUGGCGGCGGCGGCGUCUCGCAGGGUGGCGGUGCCAACGCUGGCGCCACCAAGAAGAAGGUCGUCGUCGUCGUGCUCGCAGACGGCCAAAAGGUGGUGAAGUUGGAAGACCAGGCAGAGGGCUCAGGCACCUCCUCCAGCGGCCACAAGGCCUCCAGCACCCACAACGGUGUGUUCAACAUCCAGCAAGGGGGCGAGACGAAGAUCAAGCUGCCGCCGCCGCUCACUGGCUGAGGGGCGACCCCUAAGCGGCUGCCGACCGGGCUCGAAACGAGAUCCUCUGCUGGACCCAGUCGCUCUGAAGCCCCCCCCCCCCCCCUUAACUCCUCGCCCACCCUACCCGCCUGCACUGGUGAGGCCGUCGUGGCACUCAAGCGCUGUGCGACUCCAUACACCCGCCCCGGAGGAGCGGGCCCAGAAAACCGAAUUGUGCACAUCGGUUACGACCUGAUUCGGCAGUUUUCACAGAGCUGAUUUGUAACUGCUGAUAGCUGCCUGUGGGUGCAUUUGGUGAACCUCGUGGAACAGAAUUAAUAAACCGUGGGAUCUGA